ACAAGUGAAGUGAAAUGUUGGAGAGUGUUUGUACGACCCUUCAAAAACAAAAUCGGUUUUCGUAACUCCUCAGCCGUGAAGCGCGGCCGCGACGUGAAGCAACGACAACGAAAAGGCAGCGGUCUGAAUCGUGUUUCUGACGGCUUUCUCCUCAAAAGUUUACCAUCUUUCGCUGAAAGUGAUAAUAUCUUCUUGUUACUUUAAAGAACGCACUUUGAAUGCUUGUUCGGUAUCAUCCUUCCAAGAAGCAAGGUACCCCUCCCGUAGAUAAUAAUCCUGUACGCGCACUUCGUACCAACACACAACUAGCCGGCGCCAAACCCUCAUUCAGCGACAAGUAUCAACCACUCCGUGAAAGGAAUGGCGGGACAGGUUGCCGGGCCGUACUUCGCGCCUGUCAAAGGAAAGGUUGCUGAGACUUCCGAGGCGAGCGCAGAGAAACAGGGCAAGAUGGAGCUAGGAACGACACGGAACAUGGGGCACAACUUGCUACAGUACAUCCUGAACGCCGACCCAGCCCCCAGCGACGAGCUCAGGACCACUACCAGUAUAAACGAGUCGGAAUUCGGUAUCGGAAGACUUUCAGCGAGUCCUGUGCUUGGGUCAACGGAAGAAAUCCAGCGGCCGUCCAGGCUGUACCAUCCGAUCAGUCAUGUCCGACCGGAAAACGUCGAUCGGCGAUGUCAUCUGAAAAACUGCAAUAAUAACCGUGUCUAUGAGAAACGCAGUCCCUCCUCUAAAAGUUGUUGUCACACCGUAAGGAAGACGCCUCCUGUCCUUCGGCACACGUGUAAGUCGCGUUUCACUUCCAGGGGGGAAAAGUCGAGCCUUUCCCCACAUCAAAUGAUGGAAAUGGCAGACACUGGACAGGAAGGUCCUACUGAAAACGGAUGGCUUUACCACGACAUGGACAGCUUUGAAGAUUCGGGCAUCGAGCAAAGUUUAGAUCUACCCGAGCCAAACAACGGGAGCCAAGAAACUUCACCACGUGACUCCAAAGACUCCCGAUUGGUUGACACGGACAGACAGGACCGUUACCAUAACGACAGCUCCAGUCCUACAGACGACAGACACGGCAGAGAUCGUAAGAAGGUGUCGGCUAAUGGAAGCAGUCCUGACCAGAGGUCUUGUGAGACCAGAACGACGUUCUGUAGCAGCGGCAUGAGUCUCUAUAGCGACCGAAAUGCCGAACUUACACAGGGACGCGCUGUUCUUCACACAUACAGGAGAAAGUCUUCGGCUGAUCUGGCUCAGGAUUUACUCAAGUACCAAGGGAAACAUAAGAUGCUGAAAUACAACGGUGAACAGAGUGGGACGUUGCUGAAGCGUCCUCACACGGCACCACCAACCACUGCAGGUCAAACUGCAGAGUACAUGCUCCAGCAGGCCUACUUCAGCCUGGAACAUGCAGACAUCAAGCGGAGGAACGCCGAGAUCAUUAAGAUGCAGCAAGAACACACGCGACACCAUCAGAGACUCAAACACCUGUUCGACAUGGAGUGGCAGCAGCAGCAGAUAAGAAACAUGCACCUGUACGCACGUGACCAUGGCAACAGUGACGGAAGCUAUCACGACCUCAGCAACAUGCACCACUUCAACCGGCAGUGUUGUCAUGGGAACGGGGAUCACCAUGGAGACAGAAAGACGGACAGAGCUAAAACCGCACCGCCAGAUGUUCGUUCCAAGUCACAGAAGCCGUCCGUGUCUUUUCCAUCUACCAAGCCCUUUCUAAUGCCAUACAGACAAACAAAGGUGACUGGUAGUUCGGUGCAGAAUCACAGAGUCAGAGAAGAAAGUAACGGUCAUAAUGGACAGCCAAAGGCCGUACGAGGAACAUCAAGAACACGUCGCAAAGAAAGUCUGGACAGAAUGAAGAACAGGCAAAGACAAGAUGCUGAUAUUGAACGUCUUAAGCAGGAAAACAAAAGGAAAGCAGAAUUGUGGAGCACGAGAAUGAAAUGGGAACCAGUGAAACUGUAACUGCCUGUAACUGACUCUGUUAGUCAGUCGUUGACAUUUCGAAAGAUGCCGAUAGGCGGCGCCUGUGAGGUGAUCACUAGCUGCCCAAAGCCUUGUGGGGUUCAGUAGACCACUUUAGACCACUUCACCGUCAGAUGAGACCAGCAUAAGGCUGAUCGUGGGUUGUCACAAUUAUGCCAAGCAUCUCUAGAAGGAUGACAGAAGCCAAGAGAACAACAAAUGAAAAAUAAAAAUCAUGCUCUGUUGGUUCAAGAAACGAUAGAACCGACAAUUUGUCACAUCUCCAUGCCGCGUGUUAGGUAAGGCUAGGGUAGGUUUAGCCUGUGUUUACACAAUCUCUCGCUGGCUGGGGUUAAUGGCGGCGGCAAUACUAUAGGGCCGGGGCCGCUAGGAGCGCGAUUUUAGUCAGGCUAGGGUAGGUUAUCUCUGUGUGGACUAUGCUUUUAUAUUGUAUCAAUGUUCACGCACCCUGAUGUGGACAAUUGAGAUAAAGAAUUGGAAUCAUCAUAACGAUCACUGCAACAGUGACACCACUUUAUGUAUAUACAACGAAUAUAGAGUUUUAAAGGUACACGUGAUCAUUUUUGCUAUAGGAAUAUGUCAUUGAGACUAGAAGCCGUAAAACGGCAUCUUAUUGUUAAGGACGGUGUCGCAAGAGUACACUCUGGGCAGUAAAUAUACAGCUGAUAAAUAUACGAUUAAAAAGCUUUCUCGAUGAUGUUUACCGAUUUGAUUCUAAGCUGUGCUGAUAUUAAAUAAUUUGCAUUUUCCAGCUUUA